AUGGCGGAACGAGAGAAGGAACGUGGGUCAGCGCCUUCUUCUGCUCACAGUGAACCUCUACACUCUGAUGUGGAGGCCCGUAGAGCUUCUGGCACGACGCCUCUGGAUGUACUGGAGAAAAUCAAGGAGACCGAUGAAGCACAUCCCAUGCAUUGGUCGCUAUGGAAGAAGUGGUUCGUCAUCACCGUCUACUGUUUGCUACAAGUCUAUGUCACCAUGACUUCGACCAUGUAUGUCUCGGUCGAGACCUUUAUCCAGGAGCGUUUCCCUAGUACCACACAGGUUGUGACGCUCGGUCAAUCGAUGUUUAUCAUCGGAACCGCUGUUGGACCUGUUUUCCUAGGUCCCUUGUCGGAUCUUGGAGGUCGUAAAUGGGUUUAUGUUGGAUCUAUUCUGGUCUACGCGAUUUUCAACAUUGGUUGUGCUUUGGCGUAUAACCUGCCCAUGUUGAUCGUCUUCUGUUUCCUGGUCGGUGUCGCUGGAUCUACUGCUUUGUCCAAUGUUGCUGGAACCAUCAUUGAUCUGUUUGGUGCCGAAGAUGGUGCUGGUCAGCCAAUGGCUCUCUUCGUACUGAGUUCCAACUACGGAGCAAGUCUGGGCUCGCCAAUCGGUGAAUGGAUUGGCAUCAACUCAAGCAUGGGCUGGCGCUGGAUCUUUUACAUGAACAUCAUCUGGGGCGGUGCCUUUGCACUCGCGAUGUGCUUCAUGCCUGAAACGCUUCCAUCUGUCGUCAUCGCAAGAGCAGUCAAAAAGCGCAACACUGAUGACCCUAACGCCAAGGUCGUCGCUGCCGAAUUGACCAAGGUUAACGUAUUCCAAGAGAUUCGCUUCGUCCUGACAAUGGCGUUGCGUAUCAUGCUGACCGAGCCCAUCGUUAUCUUCCUCGGCUUCUACAAUGGUUUCGCAUAUGGUCUGCUCUUCCUCUACCUCGACGGCGUCUUUGCCGUCUUCGUCGACAACAACGGUCUCAGCUACGUCGGCGCCAGUCUCUCCUACCUCAACUUUUGCGUCGGCGUGACGUUCAUGUUCGCUUUCGUACCUGUCCAAACCUAUUUCUUCCGCAAAGAUCGCAUCAAGCACGGCAAGCACCGCCCCGAAGCCCGUUUCCUCACCUCCCUGGUCACAGUCUGGCUCUUCCCCAUUACUCUCUUCUGGUUCGCCUUCACCUCCAACGGCAAAACCUCUUACUGGUCUCCUAUCGUUGCCGGUGGCGUCCUCGGAUUCUGCGAUCCUCUGCUCUGGCUGGGAAUGCUGAAUUACCUCGGCGACACCUAUAGCAAUGUCGCCGGAUCUGCCGUGGCGGCUUUCUUGAUCCCGUCCUUUUUGAUUGCGGCGGCCAUGUGUCAUGCUGGUGUUGCCAUGUUUGAGAAUAUGGGAUCCACUUGGGCGUUUGCGACUCUGGCUUUCAUUUCUCUGACGCUGGUCGCUCUGGUGUAUAUCCUCUACUUCUUUGGACCCAUUCUCAGGAGACGCAGUAAGCUGGCGAAUGUUUACUGA